CUCUCCGCGGCGGCGGCUGCGACCGCUGAGGCACCAUGGCCGACGGCGGCGGCGGCCCCGCGGAGGCUGCCAGCCCCCGCGGCUCUCCGGGGCCGGCACUGCGGGCCCCGCGCACUGUCGGGCCGAGCGGCGGCGGCGGCGGCGAGACCCAGCGGACGGCGGCGCUGGCGCUGCGUUUCGACAAGCCCAUCAAGCAGGCCUUCUACAACACGGGGGCCGUGCUGUUCGUGUGCCUGUGCUGCGGCGCCGCCGUGCUCGUCUACUUCAUCCUGGAGGCCUUCCUGCGGCCGCUGCUGUGGGCUGUGUUGUGCGGCACCUUCCUGCACCCUUUCAAGAGCUCGCUGACGCGCCUGGGCCGCCACUGGCUGCGGCGCCUGCACCGCGCGCACACGCCCAUCGUGCUGGCCGCGCUGCUUCUGCCGCUCUGCUUCGUGGACUACGGCGUCGAGGCCCUGGGUGAGCAGGCGCUGCGCCGCCGCCGCCUGCUUCUGCUGCUGGGCGCUGGCGGCCCGCUCCUUUACGGCCUCUACUGCCUCGGCAGCUACCUGGGCGUGCAGGUGCUGCUGGCGCACGCCGGCGCGCUCAUCUGCCGCGGGCUGGACUACUUCAGCAGCCUGUGGAUCUGGACGUUGGUAGUUGGCUAUGUGUUGACUGUUUCAUUCAAGUGGAAUGCAAGCACUGAACGCUACUUGAGAGCAGUUUCAAUUCCGGUCUGGAUUAUAUUGCUUUUUCAUUUAGCAUCCCUGGCUGGCUCCUGGAGAAUUCCAGUAUUCCUGGUUAUUGUUUUCCUGAUGUCUGUGGGUACCCUUUAUGAAAAGCAGAAUGGAAAAGAAUCUUCUGGGGCAGAGUUACCAGGGCAAGUUAUUUCUAUGGCAGCUUCUACUCUAGCAAACUUGGCCAUCUCUAUCACAGGGUAUGAAUCAAGCAGUGAAGACCAGCCCUCAACUCGACCUGCAGAAACAAUGGACAGGGGAGAAUCCCCUCCAACAUUGUCUUCCUCCCCUUCACCCUCCUCCCCUUCACCUACUUUGGGCAGACAAAGGCCUGAGAUUGCAACAUUUCUUAGAAAGAAGAAAACUAGUGAUAUCUACUUUGUGUCUCUCGUUUGGGCCAUCAUUGUUGUGCAGCUCUGGUUGAACCUGUGGAUUGUGCAGUUGCUGCCAGUGCCUAUUGCAGUUUGGAUACUCAAAAAGCUUGUCAUUCACUUUGGAGUUGUGGACUUCCUGGCAAAACGCUACCACCUGUGGUGGGGGGUUAUAGAAAGCUUCCUGAAAGAGCGGCAGGGAGCUCUUGCACCAUGGCCAAUUGUCGGGCUCGGAAAAUUCUUGUUGAAAGUUGAUAGCAAGCUCUGGCACUGGCUAAAUAAGAAGAUGAUCAUCUGGUUGGAGAAGAUGCUAGAUAAAAUAAUUAGCAUUUUCAUCAUAUUUUUGUUAGUUAUAGGAACCCUUCUUUUAGCCCUACUCCUGACUGCAAAGGUACAUCAAGAGAGUGUACACAUGAUUGAAGUCACAAGUAAUUUGAUUAAUGAAACUCUAGCAAAUCACCCUGAGUGGGCAAAUUGGCUUCCUGAGGCUCAGGUAGUCCAAAGAGCCUUGAAUUCUGCAGCUAACAAUGUGUAUCAGUAUGGACGAGAAUGGAUAACCCACAAGCUUCAUAAAAUUCUAGGCGAUAAGAUGAACAAUACUGCUGUAAUUGAAAAGCAAGUGCUGGAACUUUGGGAUAGACUGUAUCACUCUUGGUUUGUUAAGAAUGUAACACAUUCUGGAAGGCACAAAGGACACAAGUUGCAUGUCAAUCGUCAGAAUAGCUGGCUGGGAGACAUUCUGGACUGGCAGGACAUUGCUUCCUUUGUUCAUGAGAACAUUGAAACAUUUCUUUCGAUCUUGGAGUCUCUGUGGAUUGUUAUGAGCCGGAACGUGAGCCUGCUGUUUACCACUGUCACUACGCUCCUGACCAUCCUCUUCUACAGUGGGACAGCCCUUCUCAAUUUUGUGCUGUCUUUGAUAAUUUUCCUGACCACACUAUUUUAUCUAUUAAGUUCCAGUGAUGAGUACUACAAGCCAGUGAAGUGGGUGAUAAGUCUGACUCCACUCUCUCAGCCAGGUCCUUCUUCUAAUAUUAUUGGCCAGUCUGUGGAAGAAGCUAUCAGAGGGGUGUUUGAUGCUUCCCUCAAAAUGGCUGGCUUCUAUGGAUUGUACACCUGGCUGACUCAUACCAUAUUUGGCAUCAAUAUUGUCUUCAUACCAUCAGCAUUAGCAGCAAUCCUUGGAGCAGUGCCGUUUCUGGGGACAUAUUGGGCAGCAAUCCCUGCAGUUCUAGACCUGUGGCUGACACAAGGGUUAGGAUGCAAGGCCAUUUUACUGUUGGUUUUUCAUCUCUUGCCAACAUACUUUGUAGAUACUGCAAUCUAUUCUGAUAUAUCAGGGAGUUUCCGUGACAUUUCUGAAGAUCUGAAAUCUUCAACAGACUGACAUGGUUUCCACUGCAGUGAUUCUUCUAGGAAGUUCAACCUUGACAGUGAGUUCGGCUCAGCUGUGGCCUUCUGCCCUUUCAGCUGUGCCUAGCAAGCAGCGACCAGGAGAGAAGCAAAAGCCUUCUGGCCUUACAUACGAAAUGUCCAGACAAGAAAGAACUUGCAGUGAGCUGCUCUGCAUUUAAAAACACAGCUUGAGAGUUCAGAACUGUGGUUUGCUCACUUAGAUGCUGAUGGUUUGAAAAGUUUCGGUUUAUACACUGGUACCAUGGCUUGAAAUUUUCCCACUUUAGUUAUCUAUAUUAUUAAACAGGUAUUUAUAAAGUUAUUUUAAGAACUGUAAACUACCUGCUGUUAAAAAAAGACACAGUGUAGUUUUCUCCUGCUUUAAGAGAUCUAUUCUUAAACUUUUCUAAGACAGUCACUUUUCAAUGAACAGGGCUUUCAUUUUUGUGUGUAGUUGUAUGAACAGGAAAAAUGAAUCUUCGCACAGUUAUCAUCCCUCUUUAAGAAAAACUAAAUCCUGAGUGCCAGGGUAGCCUGGGUUUGUUUGAUGAUCAUUUGUGUGUUGCAACCAUAGGAGACCCAGGGAGGCUGAAACUCUACUUCCCUUCCUUCUGUCUCCAACUCCAUUAGUCUGUUGCCAAAAUUUUGAAACUUAGCUGACCACAUUGAAGUAAAAUACUUAUUAAGCUGCUGUGAGUGGUAACAAUAUGAUAAAAUCCAUGCUAUCUUUUAAGUUUUUUCUUUCCAAAUGUUUUAAGUGAAAAAUCUCAGGUGCAGCAGUACUCUGAUUUGUUAAAUUUAUUCCUGUUUCAUUAUUUGGACUCUGCCAAUUAGUUAUUAGCAAACUUUCAUAUUUUUAUAGAAGUUUUUUCCAUCCCUUAGCACAGUGCCUUGCACAUAUGACUCUAAAUGAAUGCCUGUUGAAUUGAAUUGCAACUUUUAAAAUAACUCAGAUUUCACAAUAGCCAGCAUAGUGCUU